AUGGAGCAAUCCACGAUUCCCGAACCCCCUCCGGUUCCCGACUCCGAUACCCCCAGCUUUAACAGAAUCAAUCGCACUCAGACUACCCCGGUUGAUUUGGAGACUAUGGGGAGUUCAAGUCGAAGCAAUGGGCGCUCCUCGAUCGACUCAACCUCCGAUAGACCGAAGUCGCAAGCCGGCGAGGCUGAUUCCGCCAAGGCAGGACCCAGCGGAUUCUCAAAGCUUCUGGCCGCUCGACGAAAGAAGAAGAAGGAUAAUAGUCAGAAGCCAUCAGACGAAUCAUCGAGCCAGCUAGAGAUAGAGGGUGAUAGGGAUAUCCCAGAAGGUCGUUCGACGGAGUCGCGGGAUGGUGUUUCGACCACCUCAUCAGUCGCCAACGAGAAUCUGAGUAUUGUAGAUAAUGACGCUGUCAAUCUCCUGACGGAUGACUCUGAACCGGAAAGAACCCCCCCUCUUACCUCCCAGAACUCUCAUGCCGGCUUCUAUACCUCCUCCUCACCUUUGAUAAAGACCACAUCGGCAGAUAGGAAUGACGAGGGCGCUCAAGGCGAUGCAGAGUCUGCCGCCCCCGAACCCCAGCAGGAUACCGAGCUCUCACGGCCGCCUAGCCAGCACGGUUCUACACUGAGUGUGCCAUCAGAGCGCAGUGGGAAGAAACGAGGCAUCUCGCCCGGGCGGCGCUUCAAAAACGCCUUCGGUUCAAAUCCAGACAAGAAGAACUCAAAUCGCGAUCGAGCAGGGUCUACCUCAAGUACGAAAAGUAAUCGUCGGGGUAGCGUAUCGGCAAAGAGAGCCCCCACCAUUGCUGAAGCGCCUCCGCCGUUACCAGCUCCCAUUCGUACUGAUCUCAAGGAGGAUAAGCCUUUUCCCUCUUUAGACAUCCCCGCUCCAAGAACUCCCCCGCACACAUCAAUUCCGCAGCCUCAUACCACUAUAACUCCCCCUACCCCAAACACUGAGUUCCCUAAGCUCUUUUCCUCUCCGGAUGUGACUAGAUCACCAGAUUCCAUUCACUCGAAGGAGUCGGGUCCGUCCGGAAUCAUUGUCAGUCCUUCGGGUAAUAUGAUAUCGCACCGACGGGUGCGGUCCGCCUCUGCUGCAAGUCACAAGCCCAGCAAGCUGUCAAACUCCAUCUCUGCCAUGGGCCCGACAAUUGAAGAACCAAAGGCGAGCGCUAAAUCACCCGGCGCCCCGCAAACCGGAUUCUUUUCUUCGGUCUUUUCCGCUGCGCAGAACGCCGCGUCAACUCUGAGCAGCAGUCUCAACUCUCAGUCGAAAGCGCGCAAUGCUAGCCAAACAGGAGUGGGCGAGUCCGAGAAUCAGCCCGCCAAUGAAGUCACAGCAAACCCCAGUCAGCCAGCCAACAACAGCAGGCCAGACGAGAAGAAGCCAAUGGCUGUGGACACUUUGGGGUCUGGGGACUUGGAUUUCAGUCAUCUGGACAUCGCGAUACCCCCCGGAGGGUCUGUAUCGACACCGGAUGGCGUUGUCAUCACGAAGCCGGAUUUGCCACUAGAGAAGCGCAAAAGCCCAGGGGUAUCCCAACGCGAUGAGGAGGCAGCCAGACUUGAAGAUAGCCGUGCCGCCCGAGCAGUUACCAUGGCCUACGAGAAGCCUUCUGAGACGUCGCUGGUCCCGGAUGAUGGUCUUGACCUACAGUCUAGUACAUCUCUCACAAAGGAAGCUACUGGUGAUCAAACCCCACCCAGCGGUAGUAUACUUGACGGAGAGGUCGGUACCACUCGGCCAUAUAGAAGCGGAAGCGUUCGAAGCCGGCUUGCCCGGCGUCGACACCGGGGGUCCUCAGCGACCACGUCAACGAUUGGUGCAAUUGGCGCGAGUGCUAUAGCCCUUGGUGCCCCGGCUGCCAAUGCCAGCAUGCCCCGAUUAACUGGCUUCGCAGUUGCCAGCAAAAAGCGAAACAGAGACUUUCAUCAGCUGUUCCGUAGUGUGCCGGAAGACGAUUACCUGAUCGAGGAUUACAGUUGUGCUCUACAACGAGAGAUUAUCCUGGCUGGUCGGAUUUAUAUCUCAGAAGGUCACAUUUGCUUCUCCAGUAAUAUCCUGGGGUGGGUAACCACUCUCGUAAUCAGCUUCGAUGAGGUGGUGGCCAUUGAAAAGGAGUCAACUGCGAUGGUAUUUCCGAAUGCGAUAGCCAUUCAAACGCUACAUGCCAGACACACAUUCCGCAGUCUUCUCAGUCGAGAGUCUACUUAUGAUCUCAUGGUCAAUAUCUGGAAGAUUAACCAUCCUUCCCUCAAGAGCUCCGCCAACGGAACCAGGGUCACUGAUGGUACAGGGGAUAAGACCGAGAAGUCUGGAGAGAGCGACGAUGAAAGCGAGGAAGAAGACGAGAUCUACGAUGAGGAUGAGGAGGGUGACAACGCUGAUAGUCUUUUCGAAGCUGCAGGCGCUAGCGUCAAUGGGAGUGACAAGUCAUUACCCACCAAGAGCGUCAGUCGCAAGCCUUCGGGCCAUCUCGCCAGUGCAAAUGCCACUGGGCAGUCGGGGUCCAACUCCAACGGCGAUGCGAAAGGCAGCAAAUCUGGCUCACCAGCUGACAGUGAUUCUGACUUCCCUGGUCCCUCUACUCACCCUCCGACUGAGUACACCGAUCCUGCGGGCCAGUAUGACAGACUGAUCAAGGAUGAUGUGAUCCCAGCGCCUCUUGGAAAAGUCUACUCAUACGUUUUCGGGCCGGCCUCAGGCGAAUUUAUGACGAAGUUUCUCGUCGACAACCAGAAGUCGGGCGAGCUGCAGUUCGAAAGUGGAAACAAGGGCCUCACCAACGAUAGCCGCACGAGAAAUUACUCGUACAUCAAACCGCUCAACGGAUCCAUUGGUCCCAAGCAGACCAAGUGUAUCAGUACCGAAACAUUAGAUUUCCUCGACCUUGAAAAGGCCGUUCUUGUCACGCUGAGCACACAGACGCCUGACGUGCCAAGCGGGAAUGUCUUUUUGACCAAGACAAAAUACCUCUUCACUUGGGCACCGGGAAAUCAAACGCGGUUCCUCAUGACGUGUACCAUCGAGUGGUCCGGAAAGAGUUGGUUGAAGGGUCCUAUUGAAAAGGGUGCGAUGGAUGGUCAGACGACAUUUGGAAGCGAAUUAAUCACUGCUCUGAAAGCUGCCGUUGUCCCUCGUGGCCGCACAGGUGGCGGCAAAACCAAAGGAAAGGGACGUCGCAAGAAGAGCGAAGUUGCCCAGGAAGCAGCUGCAGCUGCAGCCGCCAAGGCAGCGGAAGAGGCACAGGCGCAGCAGGCGAAGUCCUGGGGAAUGUUGGAGCCACUCCACGGAAUCCUUGGCCCUGUUGUGGACAUUGCCAAGCCUUUGCUGGGCGGAAACGUUGCCUUUGCGAUAAUUGGCAUACUGCUCUUCAUCCUCUUCUUCCGAAGACCCUCUUCGUCAUCUAUCGUGUCCCACGACAUCGGGUGCCCUGGUUACUCGCUACCUCAGCGCCUGGCCGCCUACGAGGAGAUGUGGCGCCGGGAGGAAAGCGAGCUCUGGAGCUGGCUGGAAGACAGAGUCGGCAUGGACGGCCUAGCAGUCCCCACAGUCAGUCGGACGAUGGAGUCGCGCACACAACAGUACUCUCGCAAAGUCCAGAGCGAACGAGCGUUGGCCAGCAAAGUCAAUGAAGAGAAAAUGUCUGAUCUCGAGAUGGAUCAUGCCAUCCGCACCACCCGCGAAAGGCUCGACACUCUCGAAAAAAUCCUACUCGAUCGACGAUCCGAUCCGGCAACCGGCCACACCGAGUUGUAA